AUGUCCCGCACGUCAUCUGCGCAGGGCCCCGUGGGGUCUUCCAGUCGGUCGUGGAAGGACAACGAUUUUAUACGUACCUUGCAAGACAUCAAACGUCCUCUGGAGCUGGCUGGGGACUGGCACGAGGACGACGAAGACGACUUCUAUGAUGAAGACCAGUCAGAGGAGGGUGACGACAGGUUUUUCAAUCCUGCGUUGUUGAGUCAUAUCGCGGUGAGACUACGCGACAAGGUGCCUAGGGGCACGCACGUUAAAGGCAGUAUACCCUACCCUCGGGCAUUCACCGGCAAGGACAUCGUGUCCACUAUCCAGUCGCAGAUCCAACGAGAACUACUGAUCACACAUGGCAUCUCCACCAAUGAUCGGCGAGCAGCCCUGCAGGUCGCACGCAGCUUGCAGAACCAGCUCUUCUUCUAUGAAGUUGAGUGGGGAGGGCGUGUUCUGCAAGAUGGCGUGGAGGAUGUCUACAUGUUCCUCGAUGAUCAGGAGGGUGCUUCGGAUACACGCGUUGAACGGGAGGAGCUGCCGACCGCGGUCAUUACGCUGCUUACACGUUGUUAUGCGCCGAGCUGCUAUGACGAAACGCCAUGCUACUCCUUCGCAUGUCCUAAGAGAAACAAGAGCCUUGUUCUGGUCACCCCCACGGAAAAGGAGGUUGAGGAGGAAAAGGAUGAUUCAUGGUCAAGGACUGUCCCACCGGAAGUCUUGCGAACCUUGCCCGAGAGCGAGAUCAACCGGCAGACGAUCAUACAUAAGGUCAUCACCAAGGAGAAGCAGUAUCUCCGCGACCUCGACAUUGUGGAAUCGUUGUUCAUCCGUCCUCUUCGCAAUGCCAACCCGCCCAUUAUCAGACCGAUAGAAGUCGAAGAGUUCAUCGAGGAAGUGUUCGGCAACAUCCUAGAUCUGCGAGAGUGCAAUCGCAGAUUGUUGGAAGUUCUGAACGUCCGACAACGCGAACAGGCGCCUAUUAUUCAUGGUGUUGGGGACAUCUUCCUAGAUGCAGCGACCGAGUUCCGCUUGGCGUAUCCCAUCUAUGUUGGUCACCUUCCCGUAGCAGAGAAAAGGGUGAAAGACGAAAGCGAAAAGAAUGCUGAGUUCCGGCGCUUCCUCGAGCAAGCAGCUCGGCAUCCUGAUGCCCAUCGCCUUGAUCUCAAACACUUCCUCAAUCGGUCUUCGGAACAUCUGCAGAAGUACCCGGUCUUGCUGGAAGCUAUCUGCAAUGAAACUACGGACGGCAACCCCGAUGCGGAUUUCUUGAAGGAGGCGAUAGAGGCCAUCAAAAAGCUGCAGACCGUGGCUCAACUCUGGACAUGGCAAUCUGCUAUGGGUAAGGGGCCCACAGGAAAGCUUGAGUGGCACAAUCUCGUGUCCGAGGAGUUCAGGAAGAGUCUUCACAAGAAAGAUGCCAAACGACAGUCCAUCAUUUUUGAGCUGAUCAAGGGUGAGAUGGAAUACGUGAAGGACCUCGAGAACAUUGACUUGAUGUACGUGACUCCGUUGCGCGAGAUGGACCCGCCUAUCGUCCCACGCGAUCGGCUCGAGCAGUUCCUUGGCGAAGUGUUCCACAACUUCGACGAGCUGCAUGCCCAUCAUCGCAAGAUGUUGAACUCUUUCCAUGAGAUACAACGCGAAGAGCAUCCAGUUAUUCGUAGCGUCACGGCAGCCGUCUAUGACGCCGUUCUCAACUUCCGUGAAGCGUACUUGGAGUACAUUCCGAACUACCCCAUUGCAGCGUACCGCAUUGACGAUGAGAUGGCCAACAACCCGUCCUUCAAGACAUUCGUUGAUCAAUGUACUCGGCAUGCAGAUGCUCGCAAGCUUGAUAUGAAAGCCUUCAUCAACCGGCCUAUUCCGAGGUUGCUCCGGUACGAGUUGCUGCUGAAGAGUAUUCUCGAGGAAACACCAGAGGGACAUGAAGACCGUGACACGAUACCACAAGUCCUCGAACUGAUCAAGGCCUUAGGCAAGGAUUCCGAGCCUGGAGUCGUUUCAGCAAAGCAGAAGGUUGAGGUCUGGCGCUACAACUCGAAUCUCGUGUUCAAGCCUGGGGAAGCCAUUGACAUGGACCUUCUCAACGAGAAUCGUUCUUUGAUGCACACGGGCAAACUCCUCCGACAACCUGACACUGGAUUCGAAUGGAGUGGGUGGACUGAGCUGUUCGUCUUGCUCUUCGACAAUUACUUGGUCAUGACGAAGCCGAAGGAGAAGGAUGGUAUUACACGUUACCAUGUCUACAGACGGCCGAUACCCUUGGACCUCCUGACACUCGCGAACUUCACUGAUCCUCCCACUCAGCGUAGCGGCGGUAUCCUUCGUUUGGGAGGAUUGAACAGCCGUGGUGACCGGAAUGAGGCAUUUCCUCCUGGAGCCAAUGGUACUCCCGAGAGCGCUACAGAUUCUCGGAUGGUCUAUCCCUGCACCAUCCACCACACUGGUAGGUUAGGCGGUCUGUACACUGUGUUCGCCGAAUCUGCGCAAGCUCGCAACGAAUGGAAGCAGAAGCUAGAUGAGGCCAUUGGCUUGCGCAAGGUCGUGCAAGAAUCUAACAAGGUCUUUGAGGUGGAGACCCUUAGUGCAGACACGUUCUUCGUCCCCGCAGUGGUCCCUGGAGGCGGGAGUGCUGCUUACAGUCACGAGAAUGCCUUCACGGGCAAGGUCACUUGCUCAGUGCCGUUCACUACUGCAGACGGCAGGGGACUCGUCGCCAUUGGAUGUGCGGAAGGUGUUUGGAUCGGCUUCCGCCACGACUCAAGAUCUAUGCGCCGCGUCCUGCAUCUAAAGAUGGUGACUCAAUGCGCAAUGCUGGAAGACUUUGGAAUUUUCCUCGUACUAGCGGACAAGUCGCUGUUUGCAUAUCAUAUCGAGGCUCUUGUGCCAUCCUCUCCUCAGAGUGUCAACACCUCUCAGACCCCACAGAAGUUGAGCGGGAACAAAGAUGUCCACUUCUUCAGUGUAGGCAACUUGAACGGCCGCACCCUCGUUAUCUAUAUGAAGAAGAAAGGAUUGGAUAGCGUGUUCCGAGUCCUGGAGCCUGUUGUAGGCAAGAUCAACGAGAGAGCAGAGGCCCCGCGAACAUUUGGCUCUCGCCUUGGUCUACGGUCACAGCGCUCGGAAUGGUUCAGGGUCUACAGGGACUUCUUCUUGCCAUCUGAGUCUUUUGAUCUCAUCUUCUUGAAGGCCAGGAUCGUCAUCCUGUGCACGAAGGGAUUCGAGAUCAUGGAUCUCACUGACUUCAAGAGUGUCACAAUCCCUCAACGUGACGACCCUCGCCUAGAGAAGCUAGCGAAACGGUGUGAGUCGUGUCGGCCUAUGGGCAUGUUCCGCACGAACCAGGACGAAUUCCUGCUGUGCUACGAUGAGUUCGGCUUGUAUGUGGAUCGCCACGGUGAUCCCAGCCGGGGUAUGGGCACGAUCGAAUGGGAAGGCACAGCAGAACAUGUCGCCUGGCAUCCACCCUACGUUCUUUUGUUCGACACUAGGUUCAUCGAGAUUCGACACGUCGAAACGGGCCGUCUCGCACAAAUUAUCCCCGGAAACGACGUACGCUGCAUCUGGGAUGGACGAGGAACCACCAACGUUCCUACAUCCUCAGUGCCUGGUCCGGAUGGAUGGUCGGAGAGCAUCUCACAAGAACCACGCGUCCACGGUGUUAUGAACGCCGACAACGGUCUGCAGCCGAGCGGGCCUCGAGGAGCGCGUCCAAUCGCGCAACAGGUUUUCGAGCUUAUACCUACGAUUCCCCUCUAUCUGCCAGGCUCGUUGUCGUCCCCCUCCCACGCGACGCAGUUUGCGCAGAGCAACUCGCCGCCGCACUCACCACGCCUGAAUCCUUCACUAUCUUUCCGGUAA